CUCGCGUAUAAAACCCCCAGAUCAAAGAAGGCGGAUCCGUUAUUAGCAUCUCAUCCGCAUCCAGAAAAUCCAUCAACCCUACAACAAUGUUUUAUCUAAAUCGCUUUACUGUUAUCACAUAUGCAUUACUACUCUUCCUUGGCCAUGUCCAAGCUCAAUCUGUUCCCAAUACCCCAACUCCAGACACCACCCCUGUUACUAAGCGACGUGGUAUCCUAAAAUAUGAACCCAGCAUCCCUGGUAAUAUCAUCUUUGGCGUAUGCUAUCUGCUCCUCGGCAUCACAUUCUCUUAUCACAUCCACCGUCAAAAAGACAGAUGGGCACUCUGUCUGCCCAUCGGCGCAUUCGCUUCUGCGCUCGGAUUCUUUAUCAAGACCUCGCUCGAUCCCGAUAGCCUCAAGCUAAUUAUCUAUAUCGUACAAAACGGUUUGAUCGUCAUCUCGCCCUCUGCAUUCCUCGCUUUCAACUUCAUGCUCUAUGGACGGUUUAUCGCUGCCGUCGAUCCUAAUUUCGACACCAGUGGAAAUAGCAACCCUGGUUCCAAAGGCUCUUCCAAGAUGCAAAAGUCUCGUUUCUCUUUCAUUCCACCUCGAAUCGUUGGACGCACAUUUAUCUGGUCAGAUCUCCUAUCCUUUUUAGUUCAAAUAUCAGCAGGAGGUAUGCAAGCAGGUGGAGCAAAAGGUAACUCACAGCUCGCCGAUAUUGGCUCUAAAUUGUUCCUGAUCGGUGUCACGGUUCAAGGCGUGUCCUAUUGCCUUUUCACCGCCCUUCUUACCGUCGCAGUCCACCGAUUAAUCGCAGAGAGAAAACAGAAAGGGCGGCAACUAGCCCAGACAUCCCUUUUACAAGGGAAAAACUAUAUGGGAUUGGAUCAGCACACGGCUAUUGUUGUCGGGGGACUUUACUUCUCAAGCAUUUUCAUCAUUAUCCGCUCAAUCUUUCGUAUCGUUGAAUUUGCUGAGGGUUACGACGGACACCUCAGCAGUAAUGAGAUUUAUGUAUUUGUUCUGGAUGCAGCACCCCUCGUACUUGCUAUUGGAGUUUUUGCGUUCUUUUGGCCUACAAUCCUUCUUUCCAAGAUUACAACUUAUACGCGAGAGGUUGCAUUCAAUCACCCUAUGGCGGAUAGCAGUCGCAUCACUCCAGUUCACAGCAAUAACAAUGAUCUAUAUACGACUGACGGGGCACCUCUAGUCCGCUGA